AUGAAUGGAUUCGCAGGGCUGUCCAUCUCUGAUGCUACCCUGCUGCUCCCACCACGCUCAGAUGGUGUCAAUCUCAUUGCCAACAUCACAUUACCCAAUCCUUCGGUAAUGACACUCGAAAUAGGGACUGUGGUUUUUGACUUGCAAAGUGAUGAUCUAGUACUUGGGAAUGGUACAAUCGACAAUCUAGUGCUUAAGCCUGGGAAUCAAACCAACCCAAUGGAGGGGAUUUUGGACAUACAAAAGCUGAUCUCCAACUUUGGUUUACUUCUGGAACAACAAGCCCAGAGUUUGAUGAAUGGGUACUUGAGGCUCACAGCGGUUGGGCAAUCGGUCACUUAUGCGGGUGUUGAAGUGCCAUAUUACACUCAGGCAUUGAAUAAUCUUACAUUGGCAGCGCAAGUACCACUUGCAGAGGUACUGAUAAAUACUCUACAGAACUCCCUCGACAGUGACACGAGUGGUUAG